GACAGCAGGGUUACAGAGCGGAGGAAGCCAGCAGGACUCCAGCUUUACACUCACCUGUAGCGCAGGAAGUAUUUACAUCUGCAUCGCUUAUUGUCUUCUGCUGUUGAAUAUAUGGACUUUUAAUAUCUGUAUCUUUGAAGCAAUAGAGUCGCUUUUUGUUAUUUUGAGAAAGUGAAGUUUUCCUGUCUGGCCGUUCAAAGCGCUGGCUGGAUACCUGCGCGCUGCGUUUGGCACGGAUGGAUCAGCUCUGAUGACGUUAUGAUGGCACGAGCCAUGCGAUUCAUAGCCGGAAUAACCUCGUUAUGACUUUAUCCUAACGAGUAUCUCUCAGUCGCUCUUUUGUCAGUUUUUUCUUCUUUUUUAUUUAUCUUCCAGCACAGAGAUGGGUACAGAGAAGCCAAACUUUCUCUCGCAGCCUGUGGUGAAAAACAUCUUUAUGUUCCGGAACGGAGACCCUUACUAUGAGGCCAGACGGAUAGUGAUCAACGAGAAGAGAGUGGGCAACUUUGAGACGCUGUUGCGAGAGGUGACGGGUGGGAUACAGGCUCCGUUCGGGGCGGUGAGGAACAUCUACACCCCGAGAGGGGGCCACAAGGUGGAGGGCCUUGACAGCCUGCAGAACGGGGAGCAGUACGUGGCUGCAGGGAAAGAGAAAUUCAAAAAGAUCGAUUAUCUAGAUAUUGGCACCAGAAAGAAGAGGAUGAUGCAGACUCUGCCUGCACAGGCCAGACCACACAAUCGAAUAAUCGUGUCAGCACGAUUUCUAAAACCAAUCAAAGAGCCUUGUACAAUAUUUGUGGUAGCAAAUGGUGACGUGUUGAAUCCUGCAAUGAGACUGCUGAUCCACCAGAGAAUAAUGGGACAGUUCGACAGAAUACUAGAAAUGAUCACAGAGAAGAUGGGCUUGAGAGUCCUGGGAGGUGUGCGAAGUCUGUACACUUAUGAAGGCCAGCAGGUGACUGAUGGGAAUAAGCUGGAGUGUGGGCAGCUUUAUGUGGCUGUGGGCAGAGAGAGAUUUAAGAAGCUUCCAUACAGUGACCUUCUCUUCUCUAGGCCCAAAGGAACAAGAAGGAUCAGAGGAAUGAAGGCCCAAUGUCUACCACCCAUCUAUCGAUUUUCAAAACAGAAUGGAAAUAAUAAGUCCACUGGUCGUUCUAGUGACAAUGGGGAUGCAGAUUCCAAAGCCUCCACCUCAAACCCCUGCGGCAAUAGCAGAGAACAUCUGGCCUCUGCUGUAAGAGAGAUCUCCCAGGCCAGGCUCCUCACCCUCAGGAAGAAGAAGAGUGGACAAAGCAUCAGUGCCGGCUCGCCUGAUAGUGAUGACGCAGGACAGGCUGACCGUGAAAACACAGAGGCUAAAACCUCCCAAGAUCAGGGAGCCAACGAGAAUUCUGUUGGUGAGAUGACUUCACUGGAGGACAGUGAAAAGACCAAGGAGAAUCCUUGUUCUGAGACAGAUAUGUCCACAUGCAAAGAUGAAAAGGAGGAGGUCCAAAGUACAACUGCUGUAAAAGAAGAAGAGGGGAAGAAGGAAGCUGUUCAAAAUGAUGAAAAUACUGAAGAGAAGGCAGCUGAUGUGCAAAAGGGUGAAAAGGUAGAAGAGAAUAAGGCAUCUGAUGAGCAAAAUGCUGAAAUAUUAGAUGAGAAACCACCUGAUGAGAAAAAUGGUGAAAAAGUAGAUGAUAAACCAACUGAUGAGCAAAAUGGUGAAAAGGUAAAUGAUAAGGCAACUAGUGAGCAAAAUGAAGAAGUAGAUGAGAAAGCAACCGAUGAGCAAAAUGGUGAAAAAGUAGAUGAAAAGAAGGCAUCUAAUGAAACAAAUGAUGACAAAGAAAGUGAAUGUUCUACAGUAAAUGAGGAGAAGGUGGAGGGAAAUAAAAAAGCGAAGGAGGAGGUCAGCGAAGAGAGUAAGAAUGAGGUUAAUAGCGAGGAGCAAGGAUCUACUAGUAGUGCUGCUGGUGAUAUGACCCAGGACAAUAAAGAGCAAAAGGAAGGUCUAACUACAUCCUCUGAGGCUGAGAAAGAGCAAGACACUAAUAUAGAUGAAGAUAAGCAAGAGAAAGCUGGUGGUAAUGGGGAGGAAAGCACCAAUGACCACAGUAAUGAUGCAGACACUGGGGAGGGACAAAAAGAGGCAGAAAACAGGAACAUCCCUGGUGAGACUCAGUCGGAUAAAAGAGAAGGGAGCGGAAUUACUAGCAGCAGCAGGGACAGUAACCAGGAGGACAAUCUGAUAAAAGCUAAAGAUGAGGCUCCCAACAAACCAGGAAAAGAAGAAAAGAUUAAUGAAGUGGUGAAUGUAGAUAAUGAAAAGGUGGAAAUUCAAGCAAAACAGGAAACAAACAGUUCAGCUAGUUUUGAAGAUGAAACAAAAAGAAGAGAGAAAGAAGAGGAUGCUGCUAAAGACAAAUAAAGACCAAAAAAAGCUUUUGUUGCCCCUUCAAAAUCAACAAGACUGAAAAUUAAAGAACUAUGUUUUAAGGUUUUCUUAGUUUUUCCAAAAAAAAGAUAGCUUGUAAUUUAAGGAGUCUUUCAAAGCCUUUGACUAAGUUAUACACACAAGUUUAUAACCAAUAAAAGCUAUAGUCAUAUUAAUUCUAAUAUUAAAUAUCCCUUUUAACUCUUAAGGUGCUUUCAUAUCUCAUUAACCAAUCUGUAGAAAAUAUAGAUUUGAUGAAUAUGAUGAUAAUAAGGAUGAUGAUGGUAACAUUGUAGUGAAUUUACACCUCAUUAACUCUCAUAUGAAUUUAAACAGUCAGUCUGGUUUGACAUCUUGUAUUAAGGCUGUAUGUGAAAUGUGAAAUGCAUAUGUUCAUUUAUGUAUUUUUUCAUUAUUAUGGCUUUCCACUUACAGAAAAAAUAAACUUCAUAAAUAAA